GUUGUCACACUGUGUGUGUCUGGUUUGGAUUGGAAUUGGAAUGAUGAGCUUCCUUUGAGCAACCGAAAAAGCUGGAUUGGAUCUGCUUGAAGUGAACCAAUUUUGUGGGGAAGCAAGGACAGGGGUCAAUGACACAGGUCCAAAAUGUAUCGUCAAUCAUGAAAUUAUAUUGUUUACAUUCCAUACUUGUGCAUUGUCCAGAGUUUUUUCUACCCCCCCCCCCCUUCCUUGAGAGAUAUUGAUCUUAAGGCAAGGAAUCCUCUCGUAAUCAGUAAGAACUUUUUCUCUACCGCAACUGCUUUGAAAACUGUAGGCUAGGGCACGAGCGUGGUCUACUGCACUGGAAAUUACUGCGCAGGACCUGAUGUUUUGGAUGCCUUGGACCUGACACUCGAGCGACAGGCAGGAAAUUCACGACCGGGCACGUUGUGAGCGUAGGCUAGCCUAGGCUACGUGAAACAUAAUAUCGCCUCAAAUCGUGCACGCCCCCAGAACACGCUGACCGGAAUUUCACGCCCGGAUCUCGCCCGGCGUGUCGACGAAGCAUUGUUGAACAGCGGCCACACGAGCGACACAUUCCUGCCGCGUGCAUUGCUUUCCCCCUCAGAACGUCACCUCGCGAGGUCACACGUACGACGUGUGUUGUUUUUCACCAAACAAGCGUGUAGUCUACAAAAUGGCAUACUUUCAUGAUACUGAAUUGCUCAUCCUUGAAAUACGAAAGCGACCUGUGAUCUGGAAUUGCUCUUUAGAUGAUUAUAAAAAUAAGAUAAAGAAGAACGAUGCUUGGGCUGGAGUUUGUAGAGCUCUUCAACCAAAUUUUGACGCACAGGACGAUGUGACGAAGAAACAGACAAUCCUGGAAAUCAAGGCGCGUUGGAAGAGCAUCAGAGACACGUACACGAGGAGUCAAAAAAAGAUCCAAAGAAAGUCAGGAUCCGGGGCAACCAAAACGAGAAAAUAUAUGUUUGCUGACCAUCUUGCUUUUCUUCGGAUGGCACCAUCAAGUAGGGCUACAGAAGAUAGUCUUGACUUUGUUAGCAUUGUUUCUCGGGAUCAAAGUCCAGAUGGGCACAAGGUGGAGCAAGUGGAUGAGGAGCAUGAGGGAUUGGCCUCAGAGAGUCAGUCUCCGUCACCAGCUCCAUCAUGUGGCUCAGUAGGGCCACAGAGCAAAUCAAGAAAACGCAAAUUGGAAGAGAAAAUGUUGACUUUUAUCGAUAAAUGUGACAAGCCAGAUGAUGACAGAGAGUUUUUCAGUAGUCUGCUGCCUGCAGUAAAGAAACUUAAUGAGGACCAAAAGUUAACGUUUAGAGUGGAUGUUAUCAGAGCCUUACAGGCGGCAAAGGCUGGGGGACAAUCUGGCUCAACGCAAAUGUAACAAAACAUGGGUCCCCCGUCCCCCGUUCCCCGUCCCCCGUUCAUCAUCGUUCCAAGAGCAUCACACAACCAAUGGUUUCAAAACCUACAAAGUCCAUUGACACCGAAUGACAUUUAUUGAUUUUAUGAUUGUGAUUGAAAAAGUCCCAAUUUGUUUAUGACAUUUUACAACUAUGUGUAUGUUACUGCGUUAAAAAUGAUUAAAUUUGAGUAAAUAUA